AUGGUGGUCAUUCCCCUUCAGCCUAGCGCCAUGCGGCCUGCCAGGACCUCGGUAUCGGAUAGGGGGUCUUUGGACCCCGGUACCAAGCCGCUUAUCAACCUCCUCCGUGGAUGGCCAGCACCAUCUGUGCUGCCGGUUGCCCAGUUGAAGGCAGCCACAGCUGAUGUCCUGGCCGACUCAGACAUGGCCGUCAGCAGCCUGCAGUACGGCCCCGACGCGGGCUUUCAGCCGCUGCGCGCGCUGCUGGCCAGAUACUUGAGCCGGUUUUUCUCGGCGUACGGCGUGCCCAACGACCCUGGCCGCAUUUGCAUUACCGGCGGCGCAAGCCAAAACGCGGCGUGCAUCUUGCAGUCGUUUACGGACCCGGCCUACACGGCCUGUAUCUGGGUGUCGGCGCCGUGCUACUUCUUGAUGUGUCCCAUCUUUGAAGAUUCGGGUUUCGCAGGCCGGUUGCGUGCCGUGCCCGAAGACGACAAAGGUACCGAUGUAGAGGCGCUGGAGCGCGGAUUCCAAGAGUUUGGACCUCGCCCGCCUGUGUCGGAUUCUUACAAGCCCAACCUGGCACCAGACCGCAAGGCCUACCGCCAUGUGGUAUACGUAGUGCCGACAUCGUCCAACCCGUCUGGCAGCAGCAUGACGGUCGCACGGCGCGAGCAGCUGGUGCGUCUGGCGCGCAAAUACGAUGCUCUGCUGAUUGCCGACGACGUCUACGAUUUCUUGCAGUGGGAUGUGCCGCAUGCAGACGCCGUCCUGGCCAACAAGCAGGGGUCGGUCGCACUGCCGUCGCCGCUGCCGCGCCUUGUCGACGUUGACCGCAUGCUGCCGCGUGCCGAGGACGACGAGAACGACGGCAGAGACGUUCAAGACCGGCGCUUCGGCAACGCCAUCUCCAACGCCUCUUUCAGCAAGAUCGUGGCACCAGGCAUGCGCACGGGCUGGGUUGAGGCGACGCCGGCGUUUUCGUACGGCCUAGCACAGACAGGCAGUACCAAGAGCGGCGGUGCACCCAGCCAGUUUAGUGCCGCUACGAUUGCUGUGCUGAUGCACACGGGCGAGCUGGACCGACAUCUUCGGGAGGUAGCACGGCCCGCACUGCAGUGGCGACACCGCCUGCUGGCACAGGCUGUCCAGGAACACUUGGGCGAGUUCCUGGACAUCAAGUGCGGCGCAUUGCCUACGGGACCGUCGUCGACGAUGGCGACGUUUGGCGGCUACUUUUUGUGGCUCAAGUUGCGCCGGACGGACAUCAGCGCGGCCGCCAUCUCGAAGCGGGCACUCGCUGACGAAAACCUCGUCAUUGCAGAGGGGCCACUCUUUGAGGUCAAGGGCGACGAAGAAAGCGCGCAAUUCGACGACCAUAUCCGCCUAUGUUUCGCGUGGGAGGACGAGGCGAAGAUUGUGGAGGGCGUGAAACGGCUGGCACAUGUGCUGCGCAACUGGGACCAGCCGCGAGCAAAGGCAUCGAAUUCGAUCGACGCAGGUGCAUUUAAAUGA